GUGGAACGCAGACUUAUGGCGCUCCAGAGUGUGAUAAACAAAGAUUGGGAACUAUUACGCCCCAUUUGCAGACAAUAGACACAUGGUCGUUCGGAUGCGUUCUCUCAGCUGUCGCAACGUGGGUUAUACUUGGCUCACAGACUUAUGACAGCUAUCGCCAAGUUCGAAUGUUAGAAAUUGCGAACCUUCGCCUACGUGCCAAAGAUGGCAAUGGUGGUGGUGCUCCUUCAGGGGACGACGCUUUUCAUGACGGGACAAAAGUCCUGCCUUCCGUCCUUCAUUGGCAUGAUUUCCUUCGGAACUCCUCACGGAAAGCCGACACAAUAUCUUACCGAGUUCUCAAUCUCAUUGAGGAAAGGAUGCUUCUGGAAAGUCCGAGCAAGAGACUGAGCUUCGAACAGCUAUGCGAAGAGUUGGAAGACAUCAUCUUACUUGCGAAGAAUGAGCACCAAAAGUUGACAGACAGAGGAAGCCUCAAGGUGAUUGAGCCAGAUACAUUAGAAGCUUUGUUGCAGCUAGACAAGCGCGCACCAGCUACGGCGACACCAAUUGUCCAGGUGAACACAACUCAGAACGCCGGGCGAAGCUCUGGAUCCCUGUCACCAGAUGACCGAUCUCAGCUUCGCCCAAGGUCAGAAAGAGUUAGGAAGUCAGAACGUCUCGAGCGAAUAGUCAUUGGAAAGACCGCGAAUCGAGAGGGGGCAAUUAAGAUCGGCCUUGGCAUUGUGAAUGAGGACCUCGAAACAUGCGAUAGUCCUCAACAGGAUCCUGCGGACGCCAGUGAAACUGUUUCGAAAGCAUUCGCUUCGGCAAAGAGCUGCCAGGAUUCACCAGCCUCGAGCAGCAAGGAGAAGGGGGAAGAUAUUCCUGUGAUAAACCUCAUCUACGACAGUCCAGUUGCCGCUCAUGCUGGGGCCUUUCCCCCAGCCAUUAUGGACGCUACAUCACACCCACCGAAGGAUAGUCAGCAAUCGUUCAAACCCAAAGACCCUCCUGGUAGUACCACGAUUACAAACCCCUCCUCAUCAACAGAACGAACGGCACCCCCAUUGCAGAAAAAUCUAUCGAAAGGGAAGGGUAAGGAGGUUCUAGGCCGGAGCGGAUACUUUGGUGAAGAUGAAGAUUUCCGCCCUCCGGUAACGCCUCCCGAAAUCGACAAGGCUCCCGUAACACAAAUAGCCACUGAAAGUACUGCGCGCCCUCCGCAAGCAUAUGGCCAACCGCCCAACGUCACUCCAAGCAAAAAUCUGCCGCCAACUCCUCAAAUUAGUCCCGAUCCUGUUUCAGAACAUGAUCCACCAGUUGGACUCUCGCCCACAAGCAUGCAACCUCCCUCUUAUGCAAUAUUUGAUGAACACGCACGCCUUGAGAAGCUGUGGGGAGACAAGAAGGGCCUCUUCUCAUCUCUCUUAAGCAAGAUCCCAGAUGAUCCUUGGCUCAAGAACUUCAUUUCCAACCGCGACAUCGCUUUCGUCGUCGACAAUGCUGCCACCAUGAAGCCGCACUGGGCCGUUGCAACGCGAGUGCUGAUAACCUUAGCAAUGAAGAUCGGGCCCUUAGAAGGAGGUCAAAGGAUGGGCUAUCCCAAAAACAUUCAAAAACUCCAUGCAAGGCUCGGGCGAAGAAAUCAAUCACAUGUACAAGACGAACAUGAAAGAAACGCUGGAAAAAAUAUUUGAUAAAUAUACCAACACCAGCAAAAAGAUGACACUUAUCGUUCUCACUGACGGCCUCUGGGAGGGCUGUGCCAACAACGACGAUGUUGAAAAGUUGAUUGCUAGCUUCUUAACGAAGUUGAAACCCAGGCUCAAGAAGUGGGAAUCUCGCUGGUUUAGUAUACAAUUUGUGUCCUUCGGCGAGAAUAAGCCUGCGUUGGAACGGCUUCGAAAGCUCGACGACAAUAUGCCAACUGAGGAGGAUGUGAUCGACACGAAGCCUUGGUGGUUUCAAGAUGUCAGCAAG